CAGGGCUUGACUGUCUCGAAAACGGAGUGAUUAUGCGGACUGCUUCGUUUUACAUCUCGUGGGUACGUUGUAUGCAUUUUGGCCCCGCCGGCAUCAAAUGUAAAUUCGUCGAAGAGGCUUUAAACGAUCUCAACAGUGGUGGGUUUGCAACUUAUUAUGACGAGCUUUACAAAAGACUUAAGUCUUGCCGAACAAGAGAGUCGAAUAGGGAGGAAGAGGCAGGAGAUGAUGCUGAUGAUGAGGUGCAAAGAGCGGGAACUAGUGAUACGCCUCACAAGAAGCGCAAAAGGGAGGUCAAGGAGAGUCAAGAGGCCAAAGUCACGCAGGCCAGCGCCCAACUCCGUGUGGCACAGCAGGAAAAACAGCGAAAACGGCUCGAGAUACGGCUGCAGAACACAGGCAUUAGCAACGACAACCCUAGUCAUCAGGCUGUCAGCUUCAAGGAGCCUGUGAUUUAUUUGGAUCCUCACAUUGGCCUUCGCGUGAAACCCCACCAGCUGAACGGCGUCCGGUUUAUGUGGCGAGAGUUGAUUGAGGACAAAGAUCAACAAGGAUGUCUGUUGGCUCAUACAAUGGGGCUUGGAAAAACGAUGCAACAGGUUCCUGACUCUUUCCGCCGUUCUCAAACCCUGAUCAUAUGCCCGUCUUCAUUGAUCGAUAAUUGGUAUGACGAAUUUGUCAUGUGGUCGCCAGAAAACUCACCUGUGGGCCUGGUCAGACGAAUUCUACCAGCCCAACCGCUAGCUACUCGGCUGGAGGAGAUAUCUGCUUGGGAUACAGAAGGUGGCGUACUCCUGAUCAGCUACAACAUAUUCCGGUCAUGGAUAAUCAACAAGGGAACUGAGAAAAGAUUACCCCCUUUGUCUGACACAGAACAUGCCAAAGUCUCAAAAUGGCUCCUUGAGGGACCGAAUAUCAUUGUGGCUGAUGAAGCCCACAAGAUGAAGAACCCUUCUUCUGGUAUCUUUGUGGCGGCGAAGAAAUUCCGUUCAAAGAGUCGAAUUGCCUUGACAGGCUCUCCGCUAGCGAACAAUCUCAUUGAUUACUACACAAUGGUCAACUGGAUUGCGGAUGGGUAUCUUGGGCACAUGGUUGAGUUCAAGGCAAAUUACGUCGAGCCAAUUGAACAAGGCCUGUACCUGGACAGCACUUAUACUGAGAGACGCAAAUCUCUUAUGAAAUUGCAGGUCCUUAAGCAGAUUCUUGAGCCGAAAAUUAAUCGUGCAGACAUUUCUGUGCUUGAAGGAGACUUGCCGCCAAAGGUUGAAUUCGUUAUAACCGUGCCAUUGACCGAGGUGCAAAAGGUGGCGUACGACUCUUAUGCCGCGUUUGUACUUGAUGGAAGGACAGAUGAAGUAGGACAGGCUCAGUUAUGGUCCUGGCUGGCUGUUAUAGGCUUAUGCUGCAACCACCCAGCAUGUUUCGAAGAGAAGCUGAUCAGUCGGGCCAAUGAUGCUGCUAAGAUGGGAGAUGCUGAGACACAGCUUCCAGGAGAUGAGCCUAUCACUAAGUGGGAACUUCCUAACAUAGCAACAUUCGUUGCUGAGCAGCAACAGCAUUUUGCACAAGUCCCUGACAUUAUGGCUAUUGAGCUGUCCGCCCGAGCUGAAUUGAUGAACAGCAUAGUUGACGAGUCAAUCAGAGCUGGCGAUAAAGUACUUAUUUUCUCUAUGAGCCUGCCAACUCUGAACUACAUCGAACACGUGAUGAGAAGUAACAAUCGAAAAUACUCGCGGUUGGAUGGACAAACACCAAUUUCCAGCCGGCAAGCCUCCACAAAAAAGUUCAAUUCAGGUGACGCAAAGCAGGUUUACCUCAUUUCAACCCGAGCAGGCGGGCUGGGGCUGAAUAUCCCAGGCGCUAACCGGGUCAUAAUCUUCGACUUCUCUUUCAGUCCCUAUUGGGAGGAGCAGGCAGUUGGUCGUGCGUACCGCUUAGGUCAAAGAAAGCCAGUUUUUGUAUAUCGCUUCCUUGCUGGUGGGACCUUCGAAGAGAUUAUCCACCAUAAGGCAAUAUUCAAGACUCAGCUUUCCGUCAGGGUUGUUGACAAGAAGAAUCCAGUUCGUGUUGCCCAGAAGAAAGCGGGUGACUAUUUAUUCCCUGUGAAGCCUGUACCUCAACAGGAUACCUCAGAGUAUCUAGGCAAGGAUCCUCUGGUGUUGGACAAAAUCCUUCGACGGGACACGCAGCGAGACGAGAGGCUGAUUCGUUCUAUCACGCUUACUCAAACCUUUGUCAAGGAAGGCAAUGAGAAGCUGACUGAAGAGGAACAAAAGAGCGUCCAAGAAGAAUUCGAUGACGAGAACCUUAAAAGGACCGAUCCCAACGCAUAUCACGAGAAAAUCGCGGCAAGACAUCGCCAUAGCCAUCUGUCAACUGGUCCAUUCCCAAUCACUGCUGGCCAGGGAAUUCAGGCUCCUCACGUUCCGCCCAGUGCCCACAACUUUGGUCCGCCUGCUCUAGGGCCAGAUGUGAUUUCCAACCCGAGUCCAAAUCUGAACCCGAACAAUAACACAUCCUUGAGCGCCGCUACUUCAUUUCCAGCUUACCGUGCGUCGGAUUCCGGGCAAUACAUCUCAAACAAUCCCCCGCAGUCUAGCCAGGGGGCAGGAAACCACGCCCAUCCUUCCCAACCUUGGAAGACAACCACCGCCCAUGCGUCUCGACCAGGGCUAGCCGUGAUGAGCAAUCAAAAUGCUAGCAACCGUCAAGUAACCCCCGCUAAACCAUAUCAAGAACAACAGGAAAACCCAGGGGCGGUUGGUAAACAACAUGCAAUUCCACUCGGAGGUCUAGUUGCGCCGUUCCAAUCAGAUACCGCCGUUGUCGAGCCACCUAAAACCAGCUCAGAAGCUGAUGUUGCAGUUUCGGCGCAGGUAACAACCUCCUCCGGCGAUGAUCAGACAGAUCCCUCCAACGAAAGCACAGGACGUCCAACAACUAGCUGCAGAAACCAGUGAUGGUAUUAUGUUCCAACUUGCAAACCAGAGCGUCGUCUUCCCUCUCUCGGUUCUGUUCCUUGUUGCUCUCUUUUCUCUCCAGAUCAUUUUUUUUCAUCUUGUACAUCGUAAGUACCCUUAUGUCCACAGUUUUUAUUCCUGCAGAUCCGCUUUCUCCAUUCCGCUUUCGUGAUUCGAUUUUUAGCGGGCGAUCACAUUUCCUUCCCUCUCCAUAGUUAGCAUUUCUCUCACGCAUGGUUGCUAUGGCGGCGUUUUCCACGGUGGACUUUCUGUUUUCAUUGAGAUACCCCAGUAUGAUACGGAUGGACGAACUGCACGAACUAUUCUCUACUCCAGUGUUCUGAGUAUGAAUCUCAUCAUAUGCACUACUAGUAGUGGCUGCAUUCGCACAUGGAAUUACCAAUAUCAUUACAACCGACUUCAACUUGAUUCUACUGAGUUUACUUUUCAGGUAGUUCUUGCCUAAUAUCUAUCAUAUUCAGAAUUGAGUGAAAGAAAGUGAGAGAAUAGUGACCCGAGAAAAGAAAACCCGAGAGGUGUAUAAGACAUGAGGAGGCAUAGUUACAGGCAAAGUAAUUGAACCCGUUAGAAACAGCCCUAGGUAGGAAGGUGGAAGUCGAACUCAGACAUGGUAAAACACAGAAAGAAGAAGAGGCAGAGGAAGUCUCAGGUGGAAGGAGAUAGAGAGGUGUGUCUUAGAGAACGAUAUAAUUUAAGUCAAGAGUUUCUCCAAGUCAGCAACCCUUGUACCACGAUCAUCGACCUUCUUACUCGCUUUCUCUCUGAAAGCUGCAAGCAUCAAUUUCCGCUUCUGCCCCUGGACAGCCAGCACGCGGUCUUCGAUGCUGUCCUCCAUAACAAGCCGCCAGACAGUCGUCUCGCGCUUUUGACCGAGCCGGUACACGCGAUCGACGGCCUGGUCCUCAAUCGCGGGCGCCCACCAGCUAUCAGACAGAACAGCCUGGUUGGCGGCGACGAGAUUGAGGCCAACACUGCAGACGCUCAGACUAGCCAGGAGGACUGUGCAUUGCGGAUCUGUGGAGAAGCGGUGCGUGGAGUUAUCACGGGCAAGUGAGGUCAUUUUCCCGUCAAUGCGGGCAAACUGGAUACCGGCGCGUUCCAGGUGCGGUUCGACGAGGUUAAGGAAGGAGGUCCAUUGACUGAAGACGACAGUCUUCGUGCCCUCAGCCUGUCCCUGCGCGGUGAGGAUCUUGACAAGUGCUUCGAUUUUGCUGCUUGGAUUAUUGGGGUCUGCGUUGAUUGCUUCGUCUGUGUCCCCCUCGCCCAUCUCUGCGGCUGGCUCGACGAGCGUAGUGUUAUUUUCAAUCUCGGUGCGGCACAUGGGGCAUUUGUGUUGGCGGUCAAUGACCUGUUCGAUGCAUUCGCGGUCGAAGGCAUGCGCGCAAGCGGUUAUGACGGGGUGUUCGAGGAUGUCCAAGCAGAUAGGACAGGUCUCUUGGCUUUCAAUGCGGAUUUGGAGCAUGUCUUGGAGGGCUUUGAUGUUUUCGGGUGUGAGAGGUACAACUUGCUGCUUGUCUAGGAGGGCGGCGAGUUUGUCGAUACGGGUUUUGGCUAGGGCCCAAUGGUUACAGACUUGGCGGAGGCGGAGGAUGACUUCGAGGAGGUGGGAGUAGGUUGUACCGGUUUUGUCUUUGGCUUUCAUAUCCUGGAGCAUACCUUUGGCUUCGGAUCUGCUCUACUGUCAGUGAUAUAAGGAGAGGAAAGUGGACGAGAGACACGUACUGGAACAUAUCAUACUUUUCCUGCUCAUGGGCAUGGAACUUGAUGCGUAGGACUCGAGAUGUGAGCGACGGCAGGCGCAAGUUCACGAAACUCAUAUCUUUCCUGCGGCGUAGACAGAUGGUACUCAUUAACGCCUGGAGCAGCAGCCGUGAGUCCGGAUCAUCAGACAUGAGAGGUCUAAUAAGCACGCUGCUAAACACGGGAAACUCUUCAAGUCCGCCGGUAAGCUUUAGGAAGCGGAUUUGAGAGUAGAGAUCUUUGAGAGUGUUUAUGAUGGGUGUUCCGGUCAAUGUCCAACGAGACUCAGCUAGUAGGGCACAGGCCGCCGAAGAGCCUUUCGAACGUGGAUUGCGAAUUGUAUGGCCCUCGUCGAGAACUACCCGGCGCCACUUCAGCGAAAACAGGCCCUUUGAUGGGGUAGCCUUGCUCUCAGGCUUGUACUCCAUUGCAAGAGCGCCGUAACUUGUGACCACCACAUCGUACUCGCCGAGCUUCGCAGCCUCUUUUUUUCCCGCUCCAUGGUAGAUAAGAACACGCGGAGUCUGGUCCGGAUGAGUGUGGUCUUGGAUCUGGUUUCUCCAAUUGCUCAUCACACCUACAGGAGACACAAUCAGAGUAGCUUUGGAGGAGCCUUCUUCUUUGGGUUCAUUGUUUGAUAAGAUCAAAGAGAUGAUUUGGAUUGUUUUGCCUAAGCCCAUGUCGUCAGCUAGGAUGCCUCCCCUAGCAAGAGGCGGUGGUAUGGGAGUAGAAAAGUUUGUGGCAAUAUUGGUAAACUUGUUGCCUUGCUUCUUCCAUAGCUGCACCACGUCGUCGGCGCCUGUUGGCAGCUGUGGGUUUUCCUUGUUGAUCAUCCAUGCCAGGCCUUGACGUUGAUAUGGCAGAAGGGUCGUGGAAAGGGGUGGAGGGUUGUCCGCCAAAGGCAUAUUCUCAAGGUCAGACUCCUUGAGCCCGAAGCUCUCAGCCACCUGGCCGAUCUCUCGAGGGUUAAAUGUACUGCUUUGGCUGAUAAGCUCCUGCAUGCUCUCUUCUCCAAUAACUUCAUCUCCGAAUGGCCGGGAAAGGGCAGAAUAGCCCAGUUUAGCUGCAGCCCCCAGGAGCUGGCCCGUUCGAGCUUUCUUAGCAGCUUCUUUCGCAGCCUUCUCGCGCUCUUUUUCUUGCUUCUUCGCUUCACGCUCGGCUUGUUUGAGAUGACUGAGUGGUAGCUUGUCUUGUUCCAUUUUGCGUUUCAAGGCUUCUCGCUUCUCGGUCUCACUCGGGCCAUACAACCUCAACACGAUUGGGCAGUCGUACGCGCCAAUAACUCCGGUCAAUAUACCCUCAACUUCCAACAGUUUAUUGUCCUGGAGCAAUUCGAGAGUGUUCAGAUCACGCCCGGCCUCAAGUUAUCCUCGGUUAGGGAAACACUUACCAUAUAACCCGCGAGCUUUGCAGCCAUAUUCCUCGGAAUAUGGCCAAUCUGCGCUCCCAUGACGUUGUCGACACGAAUGGCAUUCCUGUCGUAUUGAUUCCGCGGCUCUCUUUUCAGGACGACGUGCUCUCCAAUCGUGGCCUGUCCUCUAUAGUAGCGAACACCCACAAUCUUCGUAUUCACGUCACCGUAAUGCAACUGUGCAGAAUCCGCGUCGCCACCAUCUUGAGUUGCUGGUAUCAAGUCUGCAGCUUCAGCAUCUUCUUCAUCGUCCAGAGAAACGUGCGAUGCAUGGGUGAGAGGAACGAAAGUUGUAUCCUGACCGAACCGCUGGCCAGAGAUACGUGGAUAUUUCGGAGGAGCCGAGGGGCCAACUUCAUGCACCUCAUCAAGGCUCACGUCAACGUACUGUAUAGGCCUCUUUCCCGAUGGAGUACCCAUAGUGGCGGGAUUCAAGGUGUUGGUUGGUCAGGGGAGG